AUGAGCAGCGCACAGCAGAGGAAGCACGACCCGCACGUCCACCACCGCGUCGGCCAGCUCGUCGAGCCCAACUCGGACGGCUACGUCGUCCGCCGCUUCCCGACCGACCACGUCCACAUCUACGGCGACGACCCGAAGAACCUCGAGGUCCCCGGCAGCUCGGGCCCCUUCAACCUCGUCCACGUCCGCUGCCACGCCGCCCCCGCGACCGCCGCGGCGGAGGGCCAGAAGGGGCCCUCGUGCCACACCGACUCCCUCGUCAUCGCCGUUCACGGCAACUGCCCGCCGCAGAACAGCCCGGACCAGCCGCCGACGAGGUCCGCCGUCGGCGUCCACAUCGGCGUUGGCAACAUCGCCAACCGCGCCUGCCGCGUCCCCGACGCCGCGGACCGCGGCCACGUCAUGCUCGACACGGACGGCAGCGACCCGCGUGGCCGCCCCCAGCACACGCAGCAGCGCGCCGACCUGUACGCCGCCAUCGCGGGGCUGAUGGAGGCCGCGCGCAUCGCGAAGCAGGGGAUUCUGUCGCCGGCGCCGACGCCGGCGCACCGCAGGGCCGCGGCGGCGAACCCUUUCAAGCUGCACCACGUCGUCGUCAAGAGCGACUCGGCAUACCUCGUCGAGGGCGUGGCGGGCGGCCCCCGCGGCGAGGCCCCCCACAUGAAGAAGUGGCUGGCCAACGGGUGGAAGAACGCGCGGGGCGAAAAGGUCAAGAACGAGGACCUGUGGGACAACCUGAUGCUCACGAUGAUGUCGCUGGGCCAGCUCGGCGUCGCGGUCGAGUUCUGGCAGGUGGCCCGCAAGGCGAACCGGGAGGCCGAGAGGCUGGCGAGGCUGGCACUCGAGCAGGACGUCAACUUCUUCGAUGAGAAGGGCAUCUUUGGCCAGGAGGAGCACAAGGACGAUAGGGAGGAGACGAAGAAGCAGCAACAGCAGCGGCGGCGGCAACAGCAGCCAGAGACGGCUGGGGACGAGUUGGUGGCGGUGGAGUGA